AUGGCCAGCAUGAUGGCGCGGCUCAGCGCCGGUGUAUUCCCCCCACGGAGGCCCGGGCAGACCGAUGGUGACCUUCGCAAGGAACUCAACGAACGCAAGGCUCCGCGUGACUCGACAAUUCUCACUCGCACCGAGUUGGACAUCGUACGUGACAUGAUCGCCGGGAAGAUGGUUAUGUCGUUGCCGCUACAAAGCGUCAUGCGGCUGCGAACCGCUGCCGCAAUUGAGCACAAGCAGCUCAUGCAGGAGUACGACGCUCAGCAUCGUCAGAACGGCGUGGAGGAUAAGACGCUUGAAGACAUUGAGGAGGAGCAGCAGCAGCGCCUUCACCUGGAGCGGGCGAAGAACCUCAUUGAUAACCAGUUUGAGGAGGUGCGAGCGAUGAAUCAAGUUGUGAUGGAGGCAAAGUGCCUCGCCAUCCGCAACGCGCAGCUGUUGGAGAAGAAGCGUCACAAAGAAGAGCAGCGAAAGCAGGAAGAUGAGCUGGAGAAGAUGAUGGUGCUUGAGUCCAACAAGGCGCAGCGCAUAUACGAGGAGCGGGAGCGGCAGCAGAAGGAGGGCCGCAUGAAGAACCUGGCGGUGAUCCGGGCGCAGCUAGACGAGCGGGACAUUGACCGAAUUCAGAAGCUUGAGGCUCAUCAGCAGGAGAAGGAGGCGAUGACGCGCCAUAUUGAGCAGCUGCGGGAGGAAGAAGCCGCGGAGAAGCUGCGCCGGCAAGAGGCCGCACGACGCCUUAUGGAAGACGCCGCGCUUUCCAACGCGGAGCAGAUCAAGCUGAAGAAGCGGCAGCAGGAGCUGGAGUUAGCGGAGGAUAAACGUGUAGCGGAGUACAUAAAGGAGAAGGAGGAACGUGAGCGCCGUUUCGCGGAGAAGCAGCAGCGCAUACGCGAGGAAAAGGAGCGGGAGAUUGCCAGGGUGCGGGCGCAGCAGCAGCGGGUGCAGGACAAACAGGCCGAACUGGACGAAAUCCGUGCCAAACGCGCUCAAGAGGCACAUGCGCGAGAGACGCAACGCAAGGAGAAGGAGCGGAAGGAACACGAACGAGCCAUCCUGCAAGACUUGGCACACGUUCGCGAGCAGCAGAUGGAGGAGCGCAAGCGCAUCAAGGCGCAGCAACACCAGCAGGAGCUGGAGGAGCUGGAGCACAUCGUCGCUAUACAAAAACUUGCGCUUGAGAAGGAUCAAGAAAGGAAGGCGCGGGCGCAGCAGCUGCAUGAAGAAAAUUCCCUUGCAGUGCUUAAGCAGAUCAUGGAGGUGGAGGAGCGCCGGCGCCACGAACGUCAAGAGCAUGUGGCGGAGGGCAAUCAAAUCUUGAUGCAGAUGCGGGACCGUGAGGCGGCGAUCGAGGCCAUCCGUCAGCGGAAGCUGGCAGAGUUAGAGGAGCUAGGUGUACCUGAGGAAUACUCAAAGGCGCUGAUGAAGAAAAUCAGGGUGCGGGGUGCUAUGUGA